AUGAGCUCCCCACUCCCGUUGUGGUUGAUUAUUUGCUGGCAGUUUACCCAAACAUCGGUGGCUGCAUUGUUUUUUCCGGCUGCCUCGACAUUGCAACUGACAGUCUUAGUUUCUGCUCCCGUUGAGAAUCCAGUAAGAAAAAUAUACUGGGAUUGGGGAAUUCAGGCUAAUUACGACUUACCCUAUACUCCACAAAAUUUUAUUAACGUGCCAAUAUGGCCAAACAAAUGGGAAGAUGAAUUCGAGGAGGAAAUUCGAAGACGCAGGGGGCUGCAUGAAGACCACGAUAAAUCGGUGAAUCAUACCUGGUGGAGAAUUGCAGAGAAAUACAACGAGGAUGUUGCGAACAAACAUCCAAGUGACUUUACUGCUGGAGAGUUUUAUUAUGCAAUGGAAAAUCUGUUAAUAAGUUAUGGCUUCCACGAGACAUGUUUACUGCGAAGUGUUUGUGAGUUGGCUCGACAUCCAUUUGAUGACGCUCAAAAAAAUCUCCUAACCGAGAUUCUAACAUUCGUGUUGUCGCCAUCGCUGCAUGAGGCUUUCUCCGACACUGAGAUAUUGUACCGUGACGUUUACGAGGCAGCAGAACGAAACGGAUUUCUGCACUACAAUUGCGCCGAACUUUAUAGUGAAUGCGAAGAAGACUUACUAACGACCUUAACCAAUAUAAUUGAUAUUAGCCAUUCGAAUAGUUGA